AUAUAUAUAUAUAAGGAGAGAAAAGGUGGUGGUGGUAUAUGUCAAGUUAAGAAAGGCUUAUUCCAAAUUUAAGGCCUGCCAGAGAAAAAAAGAGUGAAGGAGGAGACGCAAACGAGAAGAAAGCUUAAUAGAAUUCUGUGUCUCCUCUUCACUCCAAGGCUCUUCUGGGACCAUGGAUUAUGAGAGCAACAACUGGAUAUUGGAUGGGGUCUACAACUUCCCACAUCUCUUUGGUGGUCUAAUGCUCACGGCUGCUUUGUUGGGAUUGUCAACCAGCUAUUUCGGCGGAAUAGGGGUUCCUCAUCUACCCUACUUGUGGUCUGAUUUGGGGAUUUUCUACAAGAAGAAACGCGAAAAGAAGCGCAUUCGGGUUUAUAUGGAUGGUUGUUUUGAUCUCAUGCACUAUGGUCAUGCCAAUGCCUUGAGGCAAGCCAAAGCUUUGGGUGAUGAGUUGGUGGUCGGCGUUGUCAGCGAUGAGGAGAUUAUUGCCAAUAAGGGUCCACCUGUUCUAUCCAUGGAAGAGAGGUUGGUUCUUGUUAGCGGGUUAAAAUGGGUGGACGAAGUCAUAGCCAAUGCUCCUUAUGCGAUUACCGAGCAGUUCAUGAAUAGACUCUUUAAUGAGCAUAAGAUUGACUAUAUCAUACACGGUGAUGAUCCUUGCUUGCUUCCAGAUGGAACUGAUGCUUAUGCCUUGGCAAAGAAAGCUGGUCGUUACAAGCAGAUUAAACGCACUGAAGGCGUCUCCAGCACAGAUAUUGUAGGAAGGAUACUUUCUUCUUUGAGGGAUAAGAAAGAAAGUGAAGAUCAUAGCAGUACCCCUUUGAAAGGAGAUUCUCAUAAAGAACAUCAGUCGAAGGCUGCCCAUUUAUCUCAAUUUCUACCAACAUCUCGUCGAAUUGUGCAAUUCUCUAACGGGAAGGGACCUGGACCAAAUGCUCGUGUUGUGUACAUUGAUGGAGCAUUUGACCUUUUUCAUGCAGGACAUGUCGAGAUCUUAAAGAGUGCCAGGCAACUUGGAGAUUUUUUACUAGUUGGUAUUCAUGAUGACCAGACUGUGAGUGAAAACAGAAGGAAUCGGUAUCCAAUCAUGCAUUUACAUGAACGCAGUCUUAGCGUGCUCGCUUGUCGUUAUGUUGAUGAAGUCAUUAUCGGUGCACCCUGGGAAGUUUCGAAAGACGUGAUAACUACUUUCAAUAUCUCUUUGGUUGUACGUGGGACAAUUUCUGAGAACAAUGUUUCGCUGACAGAUGAAAUUGAUCGAUACGCUGUUCCCAAGAGCAUGGGGAUUUUUCAAUUGCUUGAAAGUCCAAAAACUAUUACCACCAUAUCAGUAGCUCAGAGGAUAAUGGCAAAUCAUGAAGCUUAUAAGAGACGCAAUGCCAAGAAAGCAGAGAGCGAAAAGAAAUACUAUGCAGAAAAGAAAUAUGUCAACGGUGACUAGCCAAGCAAAGCCAAGCCAGUAGGAAGUUUUCAUGAUCCAGCCUUUUUUGAUUCAUUGAAGAGAAGCCUGCUAUUGUUGAAAUAGGAACUCUCCAUAGGUUCUUUAACUUUUUUUGCUCCCUCUUUGAAGGAAGAAGAGACCGAAUCACAAAGAAAGCUUACACACCCUGCUCAGACCUCAAAAUGCAGCCUUUCUUUCUUCAACACUUUGAUGUAACUUGGUUAGGAAUUAGCAAGAACAAAUAUAUUUAUAAUAUGUACCAUCACCAUAUCCCAAUUCAUAUGCUUGUAAUGAGAUCAUACUGGUUUCGCCCUUUUUUUGGUCCAUUAUUUAUUAUGCUUUUUCUUUCAAGUGUGCUAUAUAUAGCAGUUAUUUUAUUUGAUUCUUGAUUGUAAUGACAGCAGGACAUAACUCAAUGCAAUGAUAAUUUAUUUAGACUGAUAAA